CCCAGACAAAGCGACUGUUGCAGCUCAGUUGAAUUUUUGGCCGGGAUCAUGUUGGGACGGCGUCUGAACGCUGCGCUGCUGCUGGCUAUAUUUUGCCUGGCCGCAGCCACAGCCACUGGGGCCAUGCCCGCGGAGCAUGCUAAUGCAACCAUACGCGAUGAUCUCACCACGGAGUACGCCAAGCAGAUUAUACGCCAGUCCAAGGUGGCUGAGAUGAAGGGCAUGCUGAACACGAGGAUUGCGCCCUGCGACGACUUCUACAGCUAUGCGUGCGGCAAUUGGCAUCGCCAGAAUCCUGCCCAGCUGUUCGGCGACAUAAUGACGGAUACAUUUCAGUUGAUUGUGAAGGGAUUCGAUCGACGACUGCAACGUCUGCUGCAGUCGGGAUCAAUGCAAUCGGAGCUAGAGCAAAAGCUACAGAGCUUCUAUCGCUCCUGCCUGGUAGCAGAUGUACAUGAUGCCCACUAUAAGCUGGCGCUGCAGAGCAUCUAUCGUGAAUACGGCGGAUUUCCCGUAAUCGAAGGCGCGAGCUGGAAUGCCUCGAGCUUCAGCUGGUGGCGCACAGUUGCGGACAUUCAGCACAAAUACGGACGGAAAAUCAUACUGGCCGUGGAUAUAAUGGCGGACAUUAAGAAUCAUACGCUGAAUCGAGUCUAUCUGGGGCCGCCGGACAACAAACAGACCAUCAGCAUACUGACCAGUCUGGAGACUAAGUCGCUCGCUAAUUACCUCAUGCUCUACUUUGGCGUUGACGAGCGCUUGGCCCGGGGAACCGCAACGAAGCUGAUCAAAUUGCAGCGCGAUUUGGACGAUGGUAGCAUUAGCCAAGGCAUCAGCCUGGCAGAUGAUCUGACACUCUACUCCGUGGCCGAACUGGAGCAGCGAUAUGCGGAGCUGAUCAGCAUCAAGGAGUAUCUGGGCCUGGUGCUGGGCCAGGAGAACGUGCCGGAGCACAUAUACAUCUACAGCGAAAGGUACUUGAAUAAAACGUUAAAAAAGCUCCAGAAGACGCCCAGGGACACAAUUGGCAACUUUGUGAUCUGGCAGUUGCUGGAGACCUACCAAAUCGACUACAAGCCGAACGAACUGCGCAGCUGGUGCACGGAGCAAACCAAGAAGCACUUCGCCAAGCUUACCGAUCACAUGAUCUAUGAACGCUAUCGCAGUCCCGCGGCCGAGGCGGAGGUAAGGAGCGUCUGGCAGCAGAUACGUGAGACGUUCCGGCAGCAAUUGGCAGGCGACAAGCUCGACUGGAUUGCGAACAAAACUCGAGAGCUGGUGAUUAAUAAAUUGGAUCACAUGGAGCUGCACAUCAACUCCUACGACAACGAGGACUUUGAGGGACUCUACGGCGAGCUGACCAUGGACAAGCAGAACUAUGUGCACAAUUUGCAACAGGUGCUCAUGGCGGAGGCCAAGCGCAGUCUUAGGCGACAGCACAAUCCGCCCACCUCACUGGAGGCCACGGAUGUGCUCAGCUUCACGCCCGCCUACAGCAUAUUGGCGAACAACAUCACGAUACCCGUGGCGCUGCUACAGCCGCGCUACUUCUGGGACGCCGACUACCCGCAGGCGCUUAAGUACGGCACCUUGGGCUACCUGCUGGCGCACGAGAUGAUACACGGCUUUGACGACGAGGGACGCAGCUACGAUGCCAAUGGCAACUUGGCGCCCUGGUGGGAUGACAAGUCGCGCUACGAGUUCGAGGAGAAGCGCAAGUGCUUCCAGGCGCAAUAUCAUUCCUAUAAAUACGGCGGCGCACGAUUGCCGGAGAGCGUACAGCAGUCGGAGAACAUUGCAGACAAUGCGGGCGUUAAGCUGGCCUACAAGGCCUAUCAACGCUGGCUGGAGCAGCAGCCGCCGGAGCUGCUGCAGCAGGAGCAGCUAGCUGGCCUCGAGCUGAGCAGUCGGCAGCUGUUCUUCCUGAGCUAUGCCCAGCUCUGGUGUGACGAUGUCCAGUCCUUGUUCAAGACGUCCGUGGCCACGUCGGAUGACCAUGCGCCCGGCAUGUAUCGCGUCAUUGGACCAUUGUCCAAUUUCCAGGAGUUCUCCUGGGUCUACAACUGCUCGCAGCAGGCGCCCAUGGAUCCAGAGUUCAAGUGCGCCGUAUACUAAGCCAGCUGCUCUGAAAUGUUAAUCCCUAGCUGUAGGCCACUAAUAAAAUGAAACGCUAGCUUUAUUAA